AUGCCUGUGGAGCCUCCUCCCAUAGCGCUGCCGAUGCGGUGGUGUCAGGCGGGUGCUGGUGGGACCCGUGAGGAGUGCCUGGUCGUUGGCUGUGCUCGGGGUGCUCUGUGCGAGGCGACGCGGCUCUCAGGGCUGCUGCUGCCCCGGGGCAGGCAGAGCCGCUCGGCCCGCGGCUCCUUCGCGUUGCAUCGCGCCUUCAGGCUGAGCGCUGCCUCGAGGCGGAUCAUGCUGAUCCCACAAAUCAGUUAUGCCUCAACCGCACCAGAGUUGAGUGAUGACAGGCGCUAUGAUUUCUUCUCACGUGUGGUUCCUCCAGAUUCCUUCCAAGCGCAAGCAAUGGUGGACAUUGUAAAAGCUUUGGGCUGGAAUUAUGUAUCUACUUUGGCAUCUGAAGGGAAUUAUGGAGAAAAAGGAGUCGAGUCCUUCAUGCAAAUUUCCAGAGAGGCAGGUGGUCUCUGCAUAGCUCAGUCCCUGAAAAUCCCACAGGAUCGCAAAGACAAGACCAUCGACUUUGAUAAAAUUAUCAAGCAGCUUCUAGAAACUCCCAAUGCCAGGGCCAUCGUUAUUUUUGCCAACGAUGAGGACAUAAAGCAAAUCCUUGCAGCCGCUAAAAGGGCAGAUCAAGUUGGUCAUUUUCUGUGGGUGGGCUCAGACACUUGGGGCUCCAAAGUGAGUCCAUUAAUUCAGCAAGAAGAUGUUGCUGAGGGAGCAAUCACCAUUCUGCCCAAGAGAGCUACCAUAGAGGGGUUUGAUGCCUAUUUUACCUCACGUACCCUGGAGAACAACAGAAGGAACGUGUGGUUUGCAGAGUACUGGGAGGAGAACUUCAACUGCAAGUUAACGAUCAGUGGAUCAAAAAAGGAAGACACUGAUCGCAAAUGCACAGGGCAGGAGCGAAUUGGCAAAGACUCCCAUUAUGAGCAAGAAGGGAAGGUGCAGUUUGUGAUCGAUGCCGUGUACGCGAUGGCGCACGCCCUCCAUCACAUGAACAAGGACCUCUGUGCGGAUUACCCGGGGGUCUGUCCGGAGAUGGAGCAAGCAGGAGGCAAGAAGCUCUUGAAGUACAUACGCAGCGUUAACUUCAACGGCAGUGCUGGCACUCCAGUGAUGUUUAAUAAAAAUGGUGAUGCGCCAGGACGCUAUGACAUCUUUCAGUACCAUACAACGAACACCAGCACCCCAGGCUACCGGCUCGUUGGCCAGUGGACAGAUGACCUUCAGCUCAAUAUUGAGGAAAUGCAGUGGGGUAAAGGAGUGCGUGAAAUCCCAUCCUCAGUCUGCAGUCUCCCAUGCAAACCAGGAGAGAGGAAGAAGAUGGUCAAGGGGAUGCCUUGCUGUUGGCACUGUGAGCUCUGUGAUGGGUACCAGUACCAGGCUGAUGAGGUGACUUGUUUACUCUGCUCAUACAACGAGAGACCCAAUGAGAACCGGACUGGCUGCCGCUCAAUACCCAUUGUCAAGCUGGAAUGGCAUUCUCCAUGGGCCGUGAUACCCGUCUUUUUGGCCAUGCUUGGAAUUAUUGCCACCAUUUUUGUAAUGGCAACGUUCAUUCGAUAUAAUGACACUCCCAUUGUCCGGGCUUCUGGAAGGGAACUCAGCUAUGUCCUAUUAACAGGGAUAUUUCUUUGUUACAUAAUUACUUUCCUGAUGAUUGCCAAACCGAAUGUGGCAGUGUGCUCUUUCCGACGUAUCUUUUUGGGCUUGGGGAUGUGCAUCAGCUACGCGGCCCUGUUAACUAAAACAAACCGCAUCUACCGCAUAUUUGAACAGGGCAAAAAAUCAGUGACAGCACCUAGGCUUAUAAGCCCAACAUCACAGCUGGCAAUCACAUCAAGCUUAAUAUCUGUUCAGCUUCUAGGUGUAUUUAUUUGGUUUGCAGUUGACCCUCCCAACAUCAUCAUAGAUUAUGAUGAGCAAAAAACUAUGAACCCUGAUGAAGCCAGAGGAGUUCUCAAAUGUGACAUUACGGAUCUACAAAUCAUUUGUUCCUUGGGUUAUAGCAUUCUUCUAAUGGUUACAUGUACUGUGUAUGCCAUCAAGACUCGGGGUGUCCCAGAGAAUUUUAAUGAAGCUAAACCCAUUGGAUUCACUAUGUACACUACCUGUAUAGUGUGGCUUGCCUUCAUUCCAAUAUUUUUUGGCACUGCCCAGUCAGCUGAAAAGGUAGGUGAAAAUGAGUAAGUAUGCAUCUGAUAUAUCGGGUUUGAUUGCUGUUAUAAAUUAGGCACUAAAGUUUAACUUUAAGCAGAUUUUAAAAUGAGCUAUUAGUUAAACUCAUUACUGAGACAUGUGCAAUAUAUAUGCACCGUUUUCCUUUUCCAGUUAGCUGGUAGGCUAGUCAUUUGAUAAACUGGCAAAUAGCAAUCAGAUGAGCCAUUAGUUUUAUUGUUGCAUCCAUUUCAAUAGUAUCUUUUCAGUAGUCAAAAUGGGAAUUAGCUGUCAUAUCACCCAAAGAGACACCUCUUAACUAAAUCAUUUUUGAUCACAAGA